GGCCGGGCCAGCCCCCGCCGCCGCGGGACUCCGGGAGCAACCGGACGCCGGGCCCGCUGCGCCUACGGGCCGAGGGGCAGGAGGAACAGGAGCAGCGCAUUUGGAUUCGGAUGGUGACACUCUGAGGACCACUGCAGAUCUCUGCUUGCAGAGAGAAAUGCUUAUCAGCAGGAGAGCCGUGAUCAGCGAUUGUGUGGCAUCCUCUCUUCGGGGCAAUAUGUUGUAAAGACCCUGGAGCAUCAGCCAGGUAACCCUUGGGGUCUGAGGAGAACAGCCAGGAUGCCACAUCGCACCAUUCAUCUUUUCCGGAAGGGACUUCGGCUUCACGACAACCCAACGUUGCUGGCCGCGCUGGAGUGCUCGGAGGUUGUCUACCCUGUCUACAUCCUGGACAGAAAGUUCAUGACGUCCGUGAUGCACAUAGGAACCCUGCGGUGGCAUUUUCUGCUGCAGUCCCUGGAGGAUCUCCAGAAAAACUUGUAUCAGCUGGGCUCUUGCUUGCUGGUUAUUCAAGGGGAGUAUGAGUCUGUUCUUAGAGAUCACAUCCAGAAGUGGAAUAUCACACAAGUGACUCUGGAUGCAGAGAUGGAGCCAUUUUACAAGGAGAUGGAGGCCAACAUACGACGUCUGGGAGAAGAGCUGGGGUUUGAGGUGCUUUCUUUGGUGGGCCACAGUCUUUACAAUACCAAACGGAUUUUGGACCUGAACAGUGGGACUCCCCCAUUAACAUACAAGAGGUUCCUUCGCAUUCUGUCUCUGCUCGGUGACCCUGAGGUGCCUGUACGAAACCUUACAGCUGAAGACUUCCAGAAAUGUAGGUCCCCUGACCCGGGCCUUGCUGAGUGUUACAGGGUGCCUCUCCCUGUGGAUUUGAAGAUACCUGCGGAGAGCCUCUCUCCCUGGAGAGGAGGAGAGACCGAAGGGCUACAGCGCUUGGAGCAACACUUGACUGACCAGGGCUGGGUGGCAAGUUUUACUAAACCGAGAACAAUCCCAAAUUCGCUGCUUCCAAGCACAACAGGCCUGAGCCCAUAUUUCAGUGUGGGCUGUCUGUCAGUUCGCACCUUUUUUUAUAGGUUGUCAAACAUUUAUGCUCAGGCCAAGCAUCACUCUCUGCCCCCGGUGUCGCUUCAAGGGCAGCUUCUGUGGAGGGAAUUCUUCUAUACGGUGGCAUCAGCAACACCAAAUUUCACCAAAAUGGCUGGGAACCCCAUCUGCCUUCAGAUCAGUUGGUAUGAGGAUGCGGAGCGGCUCCACAAAUGGAAAACGGUAACAAGAUGCAUUGCCACAACUGCUGUGUUUCAGUUUAGUUUUUCUAUUGCCUUGGGAUUGGUCUCUGCUGGCUGCUUACAGCAGUGUGUAGGGAAGAAGUGUAAUGAAACUGUCAGUGGGAGGGCUGAUGUUUCUUUUCUGCUGCAGGCACAGACAGGGUUCCCAUGGAUCGAUGCGAUUAUGACCCAGCUGCGCCAGGAAGGCUGGAUCCAUCAUCUUGCUCGGCACGCUGUUGCCUGCUUCCUGACACGGGGGGACCUUUGGAUCAGCUGGGAAGAGGGCAUGAAGGUGUUCGAAGAGCUGCUGUUAGAUGCUGACUACAGCAUCAACGCAGGGAACUGGAUGUGGCUGUCGGCCAGCGCAUUCUUCCACCAGUACACGCGGAUCUUUUGCCCCAUCCGCUUUGGGAAGCGCACAGACCCUGAGGGGCAGUAUAUUCGGAAAUACUUGCCUAUACUAAAGAACUUUCCCUCCAAGUACAUCUAUGAGCCCUGGACAGCAACUGAAGAGGAGCAGAAGCAAGCAGGGUGUAUCAUAGGUCAAGAUUACCCCUUCCCAAUGGUGAACCACAAGGAAGCCAGCGACCACAACCUGCAGCUGAUGAAACAGGUCAGAGAGGAACAGUACAGAACAGCCCAGCUCACGAGAGAUGAUACAGAUGACCCAAUGGAAAUGAAGGUAAAGCGUGACCACUCUGAAGAAAAUGUAUCAAAAGGAAAAGUGGCCAGGAUGACAGAACAAACCAAGAUCCCAUCAGGGAUUACUCAUUGGGAACCAAAAAAUGGCAAAAGGGGAGAGCCAGAGGCCAGCUGAACUGGACAAACUGUACACAGUGCUUUGCCCCGCAAAUGGUGCCUCUUAUUGUGAACUGACCUCCAAGAAAAGUGUCGUAUCUUGAAUGUGUUUGUUAGUGUAGUUAUUUUGAAUGAAAUUGUGUGUCUGUGAGUGGCUUACAAGCCAUUUGUUGCAGCAGUUGGGUAAAUUCAGGUGGUGACUGGUUGGCUGGUUUUGGCUGGGAUAGAGUUAAUUUUCUUCACAGUAGCUAGUAUGAGGCUAUGUUUUGGAUUUGUGCUGAAAACAGUGUUGAUAACACAGGGAUGCUUUCGUUACUACUGAGCAGUGUUUACACACAGUCAAGGUCUUUUCUGCUUCUCACACUGGGAGAGUGUAGGCUGGUGGUGCACAAGAAGUUGGGAGGAGGCACAGCCAGGACAGCUGACCCCAGCUGACCAAAGGGAUGUUCCAGACCACAUCACGUCAUGUGCAGCCUAUAAAGCUGGGGGAAGAAGGAGGAAGGGUGAAUGUUUGGAGUGAUGGCGUUUGUCUUCCCAAGUCACCGUUA